AUGGCCAAAAGUACAAAAUCCAUGGACGGCUCAUGGGUGGUCGAAGAUGAAGUCAACGACGACAUUAGCUGGGACGGGACUCAAGCUUCUUCGGUAUCAGAAGAAGAGAACACAGAGGCAGUAUCGGAGAAAAGCACCCGAUCAGUGCCGGAUCAUUCAGAUUCUUCCAGACGACCAAAGGUGAGCGUGUUGGAGCCGCAAUUCAUAAUGCCAAGCAUGUCGACAAGCACAACAAGCACGACGGCGACACAGAGGGCCCCCAGGCAACGCAAGCCACCUGUAUCAUCAGCAUCGGUUCAAUCAAGGCUUCGAAACCCUGCAGCCUCCUCAAGGCCCGCCACCAAUAUGGCUCGAUCGAACGCUGCUCCAGAGGCGACGGUUCCCGACCGAGUUUUGCAGAUAGCAGGUCACAUUGCCGAAUGGAUCUUGGACGUCCUCGUCCAGACAUUGAAGACGCUUAAGAAGCCUAUAUCAUGGCUUCUUGCCGCAUACUUGUUCGUCGGGAUCCUGAUGUUGGCUAAGAACCUCCUCACCUCCUCGGUGUACACGGCUCUUUCGCCCAUCUGCCGCAUUCCAGGCGCAUCACUUCUCCACCUCCCUAUUUGCGAGUAUAUCUCUACAAACUUCGACGCGCCAACCCUCUCUCCUGGCGCAUCCGCUCCAGUCGAGUUUGAAGCUCUGAUGCGGACACAGUCCCACUUUGAAGAGAUCCUGUCCGAGUCUGCAGCCGGCGUGGCUCUGCCACUGGACAUGAAGCGCUCGGAAACCUCGAUCCGCGACCUCCGGCAGAUCGUGCGCUUCUCGCAGCUCUCGUCGCGGAACGAGCUCGUCCUCGAGUUCGACGGGUUCAUCGAGACAGCCCGCAUCGCGUCGUACGACCUGCAGAAGUUCAACUCCCACGUCGGCCGCGGCGUCGACAUCGUCCUCAGCACUGCGCGAUGGACGCAGCGUGUCCUGGACGACAUGGCCCUCAGGCAGUCUUCACGGGGCCUCGUGCCGAGUUUCAUCCAGGACCGGCUCUUCGCGCCGUUCGCGCCCGUGCGCUUCACCGAGUCGAGGCUGCUGGACCAGUACAUCCAGCACACGCGCGUCGUGAGCGAUGAGAUCGAGAGGCUCAUCGACGAGGCCCAGGCGCUGUUGCUCGUGCUGCAGAACCUCGAGGAUAGGCUGGAGGUCAUCCACGCGGUCGCGAUGCGAGACAACAUCGCCGCCCAGGCCGGCAAGGACGAGAUCCUGUCGCACUUGUGGACGCUCCUGGGCGGCAACCGCGCCAAGCUCGGCAAGUUCAACAGCCAGCUCGGCCUGCUGAGGCAGGUCGGCCAGUACCGCAAGGUCGCCUGGGCCCACGUCUCGGCCACCAUACUCAAGUUGCAGGCCAUGGGCGCCGAGCUGGAGGAGCUGAGGGUCCGCGUCGGCAGCGCCGAGUUGCUGAGGGACCGCAGGGACGUUCCGCUCAGUGUGCACAUCGAGAGCAUCAGGCUCGGCGUCGAGAGGUUGGAGGAGGGCAGGGAGAGAGCGCGGAAAUUGGAACAGAGCCAUGUCAGGAGAGUGAUUGAUGGCGCCGAGGGGGACGCCAUGAGGGCUCUCGAAGGCGUGUAA